AUGGUUGUAAUCUCUGAAAUUCCCGACGACGGCGAUCCAAACAAGAAGCCGCAAGAAGAAGAGGUACAACAUAAUCUUCCGACUUCUUUCGCCGAGAUUCCAAACGAUAUCAUCGAAACCUGCAUCGCAACAAGAGUCCGGAGAUGCCAUUACCCGGAACUAUCACGCACCUCAAGGUUCUUUCAUGGUCUCAUGAAAGAAACGAGACUCUACGAAAAGCGCUCAAGCCUCGGCCUCGCCGAAUCGGUUCUCUACGCCUUAAUUCGAUCCCCUCCUCACGAUCCCCCGAGCUGGUACAUCCUCCAUGGUAACAACAACUCUCGGCGGUUGUGCAGAAUCAAUCUUGAUCGCGCCAUGCCUCUCGGAUGCGCCGUCGUCACAAUCGGACCGGAGAUUUACGUAAUCGGCGGAUCCGUCGGCCAGAACAUGCGCACAUCGGGCGUGUUUCUCAUCGAUUGCAGGUUUCACAGGUCUUGCUCUCUUCCGAGCAUGCGAAUGGAUCGCUACGGCGCAGCCGCCGGGGUAAUCGACGGGAAGAUAUACGUGAUCGGAGGCUGCGAGGAUCGACCUUUGCCUUAUGAUUGUGUCGAAGUGUUUGAUGUAAAGACUCAAGUUUGGGAAAUGUGUGGCUUGAAUUUAGCGUCAGAGACCAAGUUUGUGGCGUAUGUGGUGAUGGAAGAGAAGAUCUACGUUUUGGAUGCUCAAAAAUGUUUUGCUUUCGAACCCAGAGAACGUAAAUGGCAACAUUGGUUGAAGAGACCCUGGUAUAGGCCAUGCUGUGUGGUGGAUGAUUUGUUGUAUACCAUACGUGUGAGAGGUUUAGAUGGCUUGCCUAUUCUGUAUGACCCAAAGAAGAAGAGUUGGAGACCUGCGGGAGCUGUAGAUGGCUUGCCUUGUCUGGUUUAUAAUGAGUCUGAAAUGGCGAAUCUCGGUGGGAAGUUGGUGAUUUUGGGUACUAGUGAACAGGAUCUUUGGAUUGAAGCAGAGAAGGAAGCAGUGAAGGAAGCACACCUUUGGUGCGUAGAGAUCGCAUUGGAAAGACGUGAAGAUGGCGAGGUUUGGGGGAAUGUCGAAUCGGCGACGCUUGUGCUUACAUCUGACAUAUCCCCUUCCAUUGAGCUUUGUCGAACAGUUACCAUUUGA